AUGACAUCAACUACAAUCGCCGAAUUGCUAACUGCUCUAUUGGAAACGGCGCUGGCGAGUGCAGGCAUUGCGGACACAUUGUUGCACCGGGAGCGUGGUUCCAAACCUUCACAGUCUCAAACCACACUGAACACUGAAUCUGCGCACGUACCGAGCAAGGACAGCCGAGCCGGCGUUGCCGGUUUGAUUGAGGUGAUAACCCAGGAUGGGCGAACCAUUCUGUUUCAAGACGUUGAGGUAUCUGUUCAAAGCAUUCGCCUCUUGUUUCAAUGUGUUAUGGCAUACCCGAGCCACUUUCUGGAACCGUUCCUCCGAUUGGAACAAGUGGAAAGCAAAUUAUUUCGGCUGUUGGUUCACUCUCCUGCUUCCAGAAUUCGCAAUGAAACCGCUCGUCAAUUGGAGCACUUGAGUCUCCUCUCCUCCCGGUACUUACGUUUUGGGGAGACUUGCAUCCGCGGACGCGAUUCGUCCACUGGUUUGGAAAUUUGCCUCCUGCACAAUCGCGUGUACCAUGCACGCUUGUUACACUUCCUCCUACGAAUACUGUUUCAUACUGGGUUACCGUUUUACACAGCCCACCUGGAUUUGCAUUCUAAAAGCGCGUUGACGCUACUGAUGCACUCUUCUAACUACUUCCAUGUGCGCUCAUUCCUACUCGGCCAGACGCCCGCCUCGCUGAUGAACAUGUGGUUUCACACCGACCACGUUAAAGUUCUGUGGGGUGAACUUAACAAGUUUCAAAACAUUGUUGGCGUGGAGUCCAACUUCAGCAGGUCGAAGCGGAAUCUCACAGAUUGUCUCUUGGCUGGCCAUUUGGUAGCUGCCAGCGUAUUAUGUGCCCAAGCAGUGGCAUGUGUGAAUAGUCACGCGGUGUGUGUUGUGCACGGAACUGCUGUGGCCUCUUCUCUUGGAUUUGACGUUCACAGUAAAAGUCAUACGGGAGCCUAUCCGCCUGUAUGUGGUGGAAUGGAUGUCCCGGCCCCCAUCGCACUGCUCGAUGCCCUAACCACAGGCCCCGACGAAACGGACCACUUGCGUCCACCGACAAGUGUUCCAGGUGAGUCGGAUAACCUACUCGGUCUGUUGCCUCCACCGGACAGCCAGUCACUCGACGAGACUUUCUUCAUCAACAACCAGAUAGCUCUCAAUGCCUGUUCGAAUUGCCUACGUGUGAGUAGAAACUUUGUCCACUACCUCAUUGUCGGUUGUCUCUUUCCGGAUGCGGCUCAUAUUCUGCACGAACAGUCCGUUCAACAUGGAACUGAUCCUGUACCUACUGUGGAUAUUUCCUUGUCUUUGGAACCAAUAUCCCUCCGGCCUAAUUCACUCUCCGGAUCGACAGACAUUGAAGCAGUUCACAAGCAGCCCUGUUUCACUAUUCAAACUGUCCGAUUGCUUGAGAACCUGGGCCCACUGACUCGGAAAGCCGCGUUUGAUUUUCUCCUUUUCGUCUCUCGGAUGGAUUUGAAAAGCCUCGAAAAGAUAGUUGACCUACUUAUCCUGCUUCAUCACGUGCAAAAUCCUGUGCAGACUAUACACCCAGGGGCGUAUAACCUGCCUGAUUCAAAGAGCGGUCCCAUGACUCCAGAUAAACUAUCUGGUGUGUCUUCGCCUAGAUCAUCCAUUGGUUCGUCCACAUCAGUUCGUGUCUUACGGAACUAUCGGCACGGGUCUACGAAAGAACUGGUGUGGGAUAUCCAGCCUGCUUUAUCGGGUCGGUCUGACAGCGGUUUCGUCGGGUUGCUGAACGGUGGGGCCACUUGUUACAUGAAUGGAGUGCUGCAACAGUUAUUCAUGCAACCUGGUCUGGCCGAAGCUCUGUUAAGCGUAACCGAGAGCGACAUUUUGGACGAAGAGAACAUCUUGUUUCAGACACAAAAGCUGUUCGGGCAUCUCCUGGAAUCACAACUGGAGUACUACAAUCCAGUGACUUUCUGGAAAAGCUUCCGUCCUUGGGAUACCAGCGAAGCAGUCAAUCCACACGAACAGCAAGACGCGUUUGACUUUUUUCAAGCUCUAAUCAAUCAGUUGGAUGAAGAAUUGAAGAAACUGAAACAUGAACCCUUUUUCCAAGCGAUCUAUCAGGGGAUCUUUCUAGAUUCCAAAUUCUGCGAUGAAUGUGAACACCGGUAUGAUCGGGAGGAGGUGUUCAGCGCGAUCAGUUUGGCUGUGAAGGCUCACGAUUUGCACGAGGCAUUGAAUCAGUUCGUUCGCGGAGAAAUUCUCGACGGUGAUAAUGCCUACUACUGCGAACGGUGUCAACGGAAGCGUCGCACAGUGAAACGCCAGUCUGUGCACACUCUGCCUCCGGUUUUGUGCCUACAUCUCAAACGAUUUGACUUUGAUUGGGAUCGUCAGGUGCCCGUCAAGUUCUCCGAUUACUUCUCAUUCCCUCGGGUACUCGACAUGAGUCCCUACAUGGCUGACUCUGUACGGAGACUACGUCCAGAGGCCUUUCUAUCCCCUGUCUCGUCUGCAUCGUCUCUACUGCAACGUGAGGCUAAGGGCACAGCAACGGCUUCUUCGUUACAGGACACUCAUUCCUCUCAUGACCUAACCAAGUCUGAACGCCGCUCGUCGACAGAAUCGUCAAAAGACAAAGCCUGUCCGCCUUCCGGUUACACCCGCGUGCCUACCCCAGUGAACGCUCAGAUGAAGUCAUCCAGGUCAAGCAUGCGAAUGGACAUGGCUUCUAGCUCAAAGAAUCCUCUACUCCAGACACAGGAAUACCGAUAUCGCCUUGUGGGCAUCGUUGUCCAUUCCGGCCAGGCGAACGCCGGUCACUACUAUUCUUUCAUCAAGGAUCGUGGCCGAGGGGAGCACAAAUGUCGGAUUCUCGUUCAAAACAUGGAGCCACCAAACAAAGUGGCUCGUCCUGUUGCACCUUCCGGUCAUACCACUUCGACUGAACAGAAAGGUGGUCUACUUGGUCAGUCGGUACGGUUGGAAAACACCACAACUUCCCCGCGUCAUUCCACCACAGAAGCACCGGAAGACGAUCCCUACGAUCGAUGGUAUCGCUUCAAUGACACCAGUGUGGAACCAGUGGAACUGACUGAUUCCCUGCUGGAGCAUGAGUGUUUCGGUGGAUCCUACAGUGUUCCCAAUCCAAACGGGAAACCACCGGAACGUCGGUCGCGAUAUUGGAGCGCGUACUUGCUAUUCUACGAACGGGUUGGUCUCAACCACGAUGCACUUCAUCACAUCUUGAUCGCUAACAGAACAUCCGCUGCCGCGAUGCAGGCCAAACAACCACAUUCACCGGUAGUGACAUCUACUCACGGGGUCUCCUCUUCACUUUUCGUGCUUGACGAAGGUCCAGCUACUGGAACCGUAUCUACAGCUCGUGUGCCACUUCGCUUCACGCUGAGUUCCUCCAUGGAUAAUGUGAACUCGGGACCGUCAGAGAAACAUGGGUCAGUGUCGACACAUCCAGACGAUACAGUUGGUGAAGGUUUUGAUGCGUCAGAAGCUAACGCAAUGGAAACGCAAGCAACAAGAUCGGGUUUUAACAUGAUUACCUGCCCGAUACCCCAUCGAAUAGCGCAACCCAUUUGGGCGGAAAAUUGGGCUUUUCUGCGCGAUCGCCACAUCUAUUCUCGUGAUUACUUCGAGUUUAUCCGGGCACUGUGCGAAGGCAUUUUGGACGAUGUCGGGAGCCUUCGUCACCAGCCCGAGCGAGCAGUCAUCGGAACCCGUCUACUGGCUCACUUUUUCUUCACCACCUUCGUGUGUCUGCACGCCCGUUCCAAAGCAUUGAUCACUGGCAACUUGGUCGAAGGUCAAACGAUGAGCAUUCAGGCGCUGAAGGAGUUGUCUGUACAGCAGAAUUCCGAAUGGUUGACCAUACUGCUCCGUUUGGCCAGCACCACUCCCAAAGCGUGUCGAUGGUUGAUGCAUUACUUGUGCACCAGCCCUUCUCUGCCGUGUCCCGUCUAUCUUCUGAUGGCUCCGAAACCCGCGACGAGACAGCAGUUGGCCAACAUGGUGUUAACAAUGCUACGCGUGUUCUACUCUUUCAAGGAGACUAACAUAUUGGAUGCUGUCCUCACUCGCUUUGUCAACCAUCUGCUCAGUCUGUUGGAUAAUGGCACUGUCGCAGACUACGCCACCGAAGCCGGGGCUUUGUUCGCUAUGCUUCGAGGCUACGCCGAGAUGUGCCCUCACGCCAACCUGCAUCUGAUCAAUUUAAAGGCAACGAAGCGAAUACUCAUGUAUUUGAUGGAGCCGAGACCUCCUAGCGCCAUAGAGCUUGAAUUGACUAAUGAAGAGGGGAGCAGUUUGGGGAUUUGUGGUUACGAUUUUCCCACAUGGGAGGACAAGUUGCGAACCUGGACACCGGUCCAACAGCGGGAGAUGGGGAACCUGUAUUACCUGCUCGCCUUGUUGAUUUCACAAACCUCCUUUGAUGAAUACCGCACAAUCAAACCGGCUAAUCCAUUCUCCAGUUUACCACCACGUGGCCACAGACACCUCAGUCAGACAGGACUUCAUCCUCAUCACGAAACUGUCAGGUGGCUUGGAGUACCUUUGCCCGACUCUCCAGCUCAAGCAACCUGCAAUGGACUUGCCUCCGCACCAACAGGUGGUCCCACCCAACCUCAUAUAGCACGCUCCCUGUCCGUCACUUCGGACGAAGUCUACCUCUGCGGUCUUUAUCGGUUGUGUGAGAUACUCCUGAGAGCUUAUGUGGAGAACCCAACCACUCCGAGCUUGGCCUCUUCUUUCGAACUCCCGAUCCCUAUUGGUCCAUGUGUCGCUUCGUCUCCAGUAACUACCACUGCCUCGUCCUCAGUAUUCACCACUACUGCCUCCCCGAUUGGUGCCACGGCUGUCAUAGAUGGAGUCGUGAAGACGACAUCCGUUCAGGCAGCAGCUUCGACGGGCACUGAAGGGACAUCCUUACGUGAGCUCAUUAGGGAAACAAUACUGCAUAUGGUUUAUUGUUCAUGGGAAGCGUCAUUCUGCAUAAUCAUCGCGCUGCUAUCGAAGAUAAGCACGCGUCCGCAAAGCGAAUUACGACAUUUGUUUGAUCUGCUGAACGAGUUGCUUCGCUUGAAUGACCCGCUGCAAAACGCACGCAUCUCUGCCGUUGUCGAUGGACUUUACAAUUCGCCUCUUCCUCCGCAAUACUCCGGGUGUUCGGCACCCAAGUGGUGUCCGAGACCCGUUGUGGACCCGAAACUCUGGGCUUGGAAAGCCGAAGAAUUGCAGCGUUCGUCAGCUUCUUACGCGGGGCAUCGUCCGUGUGGUGGUUCCCACGGGCCAACCAACAUGUUGCCGCUGGAGGAAGAAAUUCAUCCUUGGCCGUCAUUACCGAGAGGUCUUUUAGAGCUCAUAAUUACAGACUCGUGUCAGGAUGCCCGCCGAGCUUAUCAAUGCAUGAAAUUCAUUGUUGAAGUUUCUUCUGAGACACAUGCAGUCAUGUCGUACUUAUCUCGUUUCCCCGACCGUUGGGAGCCUGCAGUAAGAUGGCUGGCUAAUUUGUUGGAGCUGUCAGACGGCGGAGGACGAGAUCUGUCAUCUCAGACUUUCAGCAUUGACCAACAGGAUAGCACUCGUGGCCAAUAUCGCAUUGGCGAAGGUGACGCUGGUGGGCUGUACAUGGUUGUGCAUUCAGGUGCCUCUGGUUUGACAGAUGCUUCGAACGAAUCCGACGAGACCAACACUGGGUUCCAACGGACCGUUUCAGCUCAGACCACAUUGCGUGAAGCCACCCGAAUACUCUUUACUAUGCCCCGCACUACGUCUGACUCGGUUAGUGUUCCCGUUCCACCCCAGACUGAUGUUUCGUCCGGAGUUGCACAACAGAAUACUCACGAUGCAGUCGAAGCGGAGAGCGAGCAGUUGGAAAAGGCACCGCUGUUUCUCAAACUACCUCAUUGA